AUGUACAAGUUGGCACCCUCUGCCCUAUUGUGGAGAGACAGUGGAACCCCAGUGCUCGGCCAACAUCAGGGGUGUACGCUUCCCCGUUUUGUGAUGCUCCUCGCGGGUAAUGCGUGGGCGGAGGCGUACGCGAAAGCCGAGGCGUUCGUGGCCGGGCUGACGCUGGAGCAAAAGGUGAACGUGAGCACGGGCGUGUACUGGGAGCAGGGCCUGUGUGUGGGCAACAUCGGGGAGGUUGCGGACCUGCGCGGGCUGUGUCUGCAAGACUCCCCGCUCGGUGUGCGCUACACGGACUACAACACGGCAUUCCCUGCGGGUAUUUCGACUGCCGCUACCUUCAACCGGACGAUGAUGCGUCUGCGUGGCCAGCAAAUGGGCGAGGAGUUCCGCGGGAAGGGCGUGAAUGUCGCGCUCGGACCGAUGAUGAACAUGGGCCGCGUUGCUCAGGCCGGACGUAACUGGGAGGGCUUCGGAACGGACCCGUUCCUGAGCGGCGAGGCGGCGUAUGAAACGACGCUCGGGCUGCAGUCCGCGGGCGUGCAGGCUUGCGCGAAGCACUACAUCGACUAUGAGCAGGAGUACAAGCGUACGCAAGAGAGCUCGGAGGUGGACGACCGCACGCAGCAUGAGAUCUACCUGAAGCCGUUCCUACGAGCCGUCAUGGCGGGCACGGCGAGUGUCAUGUGCAGCUACAACAUGAUCAACGACACGUACUCGUGCGAGAACGACCGGACGCUGAACCAGCUGCUCAAGGGCGAGCUCGGCUUCCGCGGGUACGUGAUGUCGGAUUGGGGUGCGCAGGAAAGCACACUGAGUGCGAUGGCGGGUCUUGACAUGUCUAUGCCGGGAGACAUCACCCUCGGCUCAGGCAACUCCUGGUGGGGCCCGAACCUGACCGCGUUCGUCGAGAACGGCACCAUUCCGCUUUCGCGCAUGGACGACAUGGCGACGCGGAUCAUGGCGAGCUACUACCUUCUCGGCCAGGAUCAGGACUACCCCAACGAUGGGAGGCUGAUUCCGAAUGCAGUGUCCUUCAACGCGUUCAACCAGUAUGAUCAGGUGCACAACUUGCAUAUUGAUGUUCAAGCAGACCACUACCAGAUCGUGCGCGAGAUCGGGCAUGCGGGCGCGGUGCUGCUCAAGAACACGAACGGCGCGCUGCCGCUCAAUGCCCCACGGAAUGUCGUCCUUAUCGGCUCUGACGCGGGCAAUGGUGCGAUGGGCGCGAACGGAUACACCGACCGCGGCGGAGAUGAUGGUAUUCUUGGAAUGGGCUGGGGCUCGGGAACGGACAACUACCCGUACCUCAUCUCGCCGAUGGACGCUAUGCAGGUGCGUGCGCGCCAGGACGGCACGACUCUCAUGAACUGGUAUUACGACUGGGACACCGAGGGCGCCGCUACUGCGGCCAUCCAGUUCGAGGCUGCUAUCGUCUUCGUCAACUCGGACUCGGGUGAAGGCUAUAUCGAGGUCGAUGGCAACCUCGGAGACCGCAACAACCUGACGCUAUGGCACAACGCGGACAACCUGAUCACCGCUGUUGCUUCGCAAAACAACAACACCAUCGUUGUUGCGCACUCUGUUGGCCCCUCCAUCAUCGAUUCGUGGGUCGAGAACCCGAACGUCACUGCGAUCAUCUGGGCCGGUGUAGCCGGACAGGAGGCGGGUAACGCCAUUGUUGAUGUGCUCUACGGUGAUUACAACCCGUCCGGCCGCCUCCCGUACACCAUUGCGAAGCGCCUCGAGGACUACGGUGUCUUCCUCACCCUCGGUGGCAAUGGAAGCACGAUCCUGAGCGUUCCGUACACCGAGGGUUUGUUCUACGACUAUAGGCACUUCGACGAGUACAAUAUCACGCCCCGCUACGAGUUCGGCUAUGGUCUCUCUUACACGACCUUUGAGUACUACAACCUUGCCACCUCCAUCGUGCCGCAGUACGACCCGACCGACUACGCUCUCGAGGCCGCCUGGGCCGCGGGUGUGCCGACUCCCCAGGGCGAGGGCUCGUCCGUCGCGCUCUGGCUGCACCGUCCCUUCGUCCAGGUGUCCUUCGAAGUCCAGAACACUGGUGCCGUCGCGGGCACGGAGAUCCCGCAGGUGUAUGUUCACUUCCCGACGGGCAUCGGCGAGCCGCCGAGCUGGUUGAAGGGCUUCGACGCGGUAUACAUCGAGCCCGGCGAGGUUACGACGGUGACGGUGACGAUCUCGCGGUACGAUCUCAGCAUCUGGGACGUCGUCGCACAGGGCUGGGUCAAGCCUGCGGGCGAGAUCACGUUCUCAGUCGGCGCGAGCAGCCGCGACUUCCGCCUGCAGGGUUACAUCCCCAUUUGAAGACUGUAAAUCAUUCGAAUGAUCUGUGUAGAUAUACAGGAAAAGUGUAGAUUCUGGUGCUGGACUGAUGAUAAAAGGUGGCGGGCGGGCGAUGGACCUACCAAACGACGUUCAAAAUCUAGCACUACAAUCACUUGUUGUAGAUUGCAGCAGACUGUUGUACAUGGACUUUCGCAUAUCGGUAGCUUUCAUUAACAUGACCGACUGCUUCAUGAGC